UUUUAAAUCGUUUUUUUUGGUCUUGGUGUGAGUUAUUUUACGUUGUAGUAUUAAUUUAGAGCAACUUUUAGCUUUAUGAGAAUAUUAGACGAUUAGACAUUGAGAAACUCUGUUUUGAAUUCUCUUUAGACAUAACUUGGCUCCAAUACUUUUUUCUUCGUUAGCGUUUCGUAAGCCUGUGUAACUAUUUUCAUUUCUUACAGAAAGUUUAUUAUUAAAAAUCAGCAUGCCUCGAAGAUCGAAAAUGAAAUGCUAUUUCGGAUGCCUUGAUAACGACAAAGGUUUGAUAAUGACAAUUUUAUGGAAAAAUUAUAAGGAGCACUAAAAUGUCUGAAACAUGAAAAGAUUGAUGCACUAUAUUUGAACCAGAACGUGUUAUGUAAUAUAUUAAUUUAAGAGAAACUGAUUCAGCAAGGAACGUGAACUCUCAAGGAUCUUAAUUUUUUUUAAAUAUGUUUAUAAUUUAUAAAUUAAUAAUUGAAAUAGUUCAUAAGAACUAAAUUGAUGCCAAUUUUGUUUUAAAAUAGGUUGCUUAGUUCUUAUAGUUAUAGUAUUACGUUUGAAUAGUUGUAAUUAGUAAGUUAGUAAUAUAUGAAAAUACUGAUAUAAAUUUUUGUAAAAAACCUUUUGUAAAUUCUACGAGAAGAUGAUUUUAAUUAAUAAUCAAAAGUCAACGGUCUUCAAAAGCAUUAUUUGCAAUUAUUUAGAUUAACUGUGGAAUAUAUUUGCUAAGUUGUGUUUUCUGUAUGAGCAGAUAUAAAUGAAAAUGCCCAAACAUGAUUAUGUUUCUUACAUUUUCAUUAUGUGAAAUCAAUAUGCUUGUGACUGAGUAUAUUAAUAAUUUAUUAAAACUUAAGUGAUAGACAGCAACCCCUAUGGCACUGCUGAAGUUUAUAAGCACUGGUGACCACUUAUCAUGAGCCGGGUUGCGUGCUCGUCUGCUGUUGAGUGCAAUAAAAAUUUUCGAAACCCUUUCUAUUAUUUAGAUGUAAUAUUAAUGUACAUUUAAUUUGGAUUAAAAGAUAAAUUUACAUUUUAUGUUUGCAUGUGUAUGUUUAUAAUUCAUUUGCAUGUAACGAACAUCAGUUUCUUUUGUAACAAAAUGCAAACUAAUGGUUUGUAAUGAAUGUAAUUAACUUUAAGAUGAUUUUCUUUCAAUCUGCUGUUUGUUUCAUCUAGUAUUACCAAAGCUAAAGCAUCAGAAACGUCAGAAUAGAAAUAAUUUAGAUAGGGAAUAAAAGUAUAACUAUUGUAAUCAUGUCUAAGAUUACUAUAAGCGUCAUUAAGUACAAACUAUCAAUAUUUAAGAGUACUUUAAAUCAUCAUUACAUUUUUUAAACAUUUUUUGUUUUUUUUUGUUUUUCAAAUCAUGUAACAAAACGUUUGUGCAGAACAAAAUGUCACAUGUGAUGAACAUGAUUGUGGGUUAAUCGUUUCUUAAAUUUCUAAAUGUUUAUAAGAAUGCUAAGAAUAAUUUAGUAUUCACUUUAGUGUGUGUAUUAUCUCUACAAUGCUAGUUUAAAUGACAAUUAUUGUAUGACGAAGCAUAGGUAGUGUUUAUAGAUGUAAUAUUUUCAUACAAGGUCAUGAUCUGUCACGAUCAACUUUAAGCAAGAACUGCCAUCGUUAAGAAACAAAUUUAUUAAAUUUAAUUCAAAUUGUCUACUAUGUUUGUAAUGGAAAGCUGACAUGUUUAUAUUUCGCACAAAUGACUUAAUUGACAUUGAAUGAUUUGAUUAUCUAGACUUAAUUAACUUUUAGAUAACUUUCGAUUUAAUGUUAUUAAGUACUCUAGUAGGAUUAAUCUAGAGGAGUUAUUGUUAUUCGAAAUUUUAUACAAUUGUACGUUCAUACAAUCUUUUAACAGAAAAUUGUUUGUAAUAUAGGGAAAUUAAAUAGCUUACAGAGAAUUACAGCUUUUUAUUUUAAAAAACUGUUUUCUCUCUGUAUGAAAAGAUCUUAUCGAUUAGAAUGCUGAACACAAUCAAACAUUCCUUAAUAUCUCAUAAGUACUACCGGGAAUUUCAGCGAUUCUAAACGAUAAGAUUUUUUCAUAAAGAGAGUUAUUAAAAAUAUUAAAAUUACUAAAAAAGCCACCUGGUGGGGGGUAGGGAGACUAAUAAUCGACCGUAGCGACGCCUGCUGGACCGGGCUUUAACUAAAGCAAAAAUAAAAAUGAGAGUUGCGCAUCUAUCUCUAAUAUAUUAAGUGUAUAAUCUAUGGUGUUCGUAAAUACGUCCCGCGACGCGCACGCACAGACCCACAUCGACUGUGCGUUUUGUUUUUUUUUUUCAAUUCUUGCGUUACGUAAUUCGAAUGCUUAUCAGUUGUAUUUGGACUGUGUAGUGGACAGUGUGGUUGUUCGAAUUAUAGUAUCAAUUACUCGAUAUACGUGGAUGCGGCGGUGAGAAGGCGCGAAGAUGGACAGACCUACUAUGCACAUGCUCUCCGUCGAGGAGAAGGGCGGAAAAACACAAAGGACCAAUCAGUAUAUUGCUGCAAUUGCUGCUGCCAUUGGAGCAGUAGCCGCCGGCACCAUCCUGGCUUGGACGUCUCCCGUUCUACCCCAACUGGAACCUUGGAAGGACGAUGAUAAUCAAACUCUCCCAAACAACACGACGCCAGCACCGCUUGACUACCGAAAGAACGCCACCAAUUCUAGCCAACUGAUUAACUCCCUCGGCGAGCCCGCUGAUUUCCUUCUGGACACGAGUACAAAAUCUCUGGUGUCUUCUAUCAUGGCUAUCGGCGCGGCUAUAGCGGCGCUCCCUGUCGGAUUCUCGGCCCAACGCUUCGGACGCCGGGUCACUAUACUGAUCCUCGUUAUACCCCUAAUGAUCAACUGGCUGCUGACGAUCUUCGCCAACGGGGCCGGUAUGCUGAUCGCUGCUAGAUUCUUCGCGGGUCUUGCUACUGGUGGAAUGUGCGUGGCGGCUCCCCUGUACAUCGGGGAGAUAGCGGAGACCGCGAUCCGUGGCGCUUUGGGCUCGUUCUUCCAGCUUUUCAUUACUGUCGGCAUCCUAUUCACGUUCGUCGUCGGCGGCUGGACGCAUUGGAAGACCCUGUCCAUCAUUAACGCAGCGGUGCCUUUAUUGCUUGUUGCUGUAUUUUGGUGGAUGCCGGAGACGCCGCAGUACCUACUGUCGUGUGGGCGACGGCGCGAGGCCGAGCAGUCGCUGCGCUGGUUGCGGGGCCCGCACGCCGACCUUGCCGCCGAGUUGGACGAGAUGCAGAAAGACGUGGAGGCGUCGGGGCGCGCGCGGGGCGGGGUGCUGGCGCUGACGCGGGGCGGGGCCACUCGCCGCGCCAUGCUGUGCGGGCUCGGCCUCAUGCUCUUCCAGCAGUUCAGCGGCGUCAACGCAGUCAUCUUCUACACCGUGCAGAUCUUCCGUUCCGCCGGCUCCGACAUACCGUCCGUGAUCGCCACCAUCAUCGUGGGCGUGGUCCAGACCAUCUCAACCGUCGGGUCCUCGCUGCUCAUCGAGCGAGCCGGCCGGAGGAUCCUCUUGCUGCAGAGCUGCAUCAUCAUGGGGCUGUCCCUGGUCGUAUUGGGAACUUACUUCAAGUUACAGAGGGACGGUGUCGCGUUAGCCGUCGUCGGGUGGAUCCCGCUGUUGUGUUUGGUGCUCUUCAUCAUUUCGUUUUCGAUGGGAUUCGGCCCGAUACCCUGGACGAUGAUGUCAGAACUGUUCCCCGCCGAGAUCAGGGGGACGGCCGCGGGGAUCACGGUCGUAGUGAACUGGGUCCUAGUGUUCAUUGUUACUCUCUGCUUCCCGCUGAUGAUGGACGCGUUGGGGAUCUACAGCUGCUUCUGGUUCUUCGCUGCCUUCAUGCUGGUCUGCGUGUUCUUCGUGUCCUUCCUGAUCCCCGAGACGAAGGGGAAGUCUUUAUCGCAGAUCCAGGCCAUCCUGGCCGGAAAGAGGAUCUGAUCGAUCAGUCAGGUCAGUUUUCUAGAUGGAAAAAUAAGGAUUGCUCAUACACGUGCUGAAGGUAAACAUAUUUUUAGGUAUAAAUGUAAAAUUGCUGUUUUUUUUUGUAUAUUAUGUUCAAUAGAGCAGACGUUUAAGAAGAAAUACUAUUUUAAUGUAAGAAAGUGUAAUUUAAAAAAAAAUAAAAAACAAAAUACUAUGUAAAUUAGUGGUCGCGUAUGAAUGAGCCGCAUUACGUUUAGAAAUUCAGAAAUAAUGAGUUAAUUUCAAUUUAUCAUUAGGUAAGAAAAGAAUUAAACAGUGGCAACACUUAAUUUUGUGUAAAACUGGGUCUAUAAAAUUUUUCAUGAAAUUCAUAAGUCAGGACCAUUGUGUUACCGAGAUAAUGUAACAAGCAAAACAUUAAAAAUCUAUCAGUUUCAGCUUACGUGGUCGUAUUGAUUUAUCGGAAAUAAAUCUAAAAUCUAAAUAUAAAUUUAAAAAAAGAUAUUAUUCAAAAUAAAAUAAAUUUAUCAUUUGUAUUAAUUAAUUCAUAAAUUUCUUUUUUUUUAAUAAUUAUACUCAUCAAUGUACCUACUACUAUUGAACUUAGUGCUAUUUGUUUAUAUUGUGUAAAUUUGAAAUUGGCAGGAUAUUAGUGUGAUUUAUAUUAUUAGCGAUGAUGCUAGUAAUUGCUUCAGUGUGAUUGUACUUUAAGGUUAGAACGUGCGUUUUUGUGUGCUUUGAAUAGAUUUCUAUUCUUCAAAUAAAUACUAUUGAUACCGAACGUCAAAAAAAAAACGGGAAACAAACUUCAUUUUGCUUCAUUUACCUACCAAAAACAUCGUCGCCAUAUUUAGUGAGCGCUUACAUAGUGAAGCCAAAGAGUAUGUGCCACUAUGGGCGAAGCGCUGACAGACGGCAUCCGCCUUUUUUUCAUAGUAGUAAUUUCUUUUUUCAAGUGGAAAGGCAAAGGUAAUUAAUUAUACCAUAAAGUUUAAUUAUUUUUUUCAUAUGCAUUCGCUGGUAGCCUAUUAUAGUAUGGGACUAUUACAAAUAUGAGUUAAAGCCGUAUAAGUCUUCAUACAUGAUUUUUAAUUAAAUUUUUCAUUAAAUUGUAUUUAUUAAUUUAAAAAUGAUGUAACUAUGAUUGUGUAUUAAUGAUUUUAAAAUAAUAUUAAUCAUGAACCAUUAAUCUCGUCUUAAGUCACCAUUUUUAAAACAUACCCGGCAUGUAAGUACAGUAAAAGCUCUUUAUUCGCGGGGUAUAUGUUCCAUUAAUAUGCCGCGAAUACAGAAACCGUGAAUACGGAAUGGUAAUUUAUAUAGGAUAAUAGGGAAUACGUUCGUUUUCGUCACAAAAAAAAAACAAAUAUAUAAAAAAAUCAAUUUAAUUGAAGUUUAUUAACAUUUUGAUUAGUUAAUGUUUUGAAGAAUUUUGUAUUUUUUUCUUGCUUGGCAGUUUUUAAAUUUCCUUCAAUUCAGACUGAUACAUAGUAGUCGCAUUAGCAAUUUGCCUCUUAAAAUACUCGAUCACAAUUUUUGUAACGAAUGUGAAAGACGAAACAAUAAAACAUAAGGCGAACGCGAAUAAGGAGCUUUUCUUCCUAUUCGUACACUCUUGACAGAGUGGUCGUGGUCAUGCAUCAGUCGGAUACGACCUGCUCAUGACUCUCGUGGGAAAUUAGUGCAGUGGUUUCCCGUUGCCUUCUGCACCAGCAUUUUAGGGGGUAUUUGAUCCCCAAGGUUUCUGACGCCUCUUCCGUACAGGUUGUCCUGACGGGUGUGUAUGGUUAUACCGCCAUUGCUCGGUCGCCAUUGCCCCGUUCGUUCUCUAGCAGGGAGCACCACGGCAACAUGUUGGUCGCCGCCGCCAUCCAGCGCGUGCAGGUGGGGUUGACAAUAGGGCCGGUGAAGGUAGCAUUCCGAUCUCCCCUUACUCCCCCCUACUAAGGAGCUUUUACUGUAUUAUAAUGUCGCUAAGUGGCUAUACUAAAUAAAAUAAUUUUACAUUUGAAUGACGUAGGUAUAUUUUGCUUCCAAAUUGUUUUUUUUUAAAAUUCCAACACUAAAUAUCAAUUUCAAUGAAAUCUUCGAUCCGAAUUAUUCUGUUCCUUUCUAAUUUGGUUGUGUUUCGUUCGAAAAAUAAUCUAAUUUUAAAUUUUUUAUAAUCGAUUUGUAGGAUAAUUGUAAAAUAAAAGCUAUCGCUUUAACCAUUUUGAUGUGCUAAGAAUAUUUUUGUAAAUAUACUUAUUACCAUACCAGAAUUAAUUCGUAUGGGUAAAUAAUAAUAAAUUUUAAUUACUACGGAAACGGUCAAAUACUCGGAAAGUCGUGAAUUAAGCUGAAAAAGCGUAGGCCACGUAGGGUUUUUGUUAUAUUUGCAAACGGAGAAGACUAAAAAUUUAAAAUAUAUACGAGAAGUAAUUUAUUUAGAAUGUGAUUUAUGUUAUUAAUAUAAUUUAUAUUUUAAACUAAACGCGUAAUACGGUAUUGUGCCAAAAAAUAGAAAUGUUAUUUAUAGAGUCCAUGAAGACUAGAGUCGCCCAACCGCCUUUCCUAUGCAGAACGCAGUUCAGUGUGCUUAGUGCGAGUUUUACUGGUGGUAGGACCUCUUGUGAGUCCGCACGGGUAGGUGCCACCUCCCUGCCUAUUUCAGCCGUGAAGCAGUAAUGCGUUUCGGUUUGAAGGGCGGGGCAGCCGUUGUAACUAUACUGAGACCUUAGAACUUAUAUCUCAAGGUGCGUGGCGCAUUUACGUUGUAGAUGUCUAUGGGCUCCAGUUACCACUUAACACCAGGUGGGCUGUGAGCUCGUCCACUCAUCUAAGCAAUAAAAAAAAAAAAGUUCCUUAACGUUCUCGCUAGCGUAAAAGUUAACCCAAUUUUGUAUGCAGUUGGAACAGCGCCCCUAGCGGCAAACGUACGCGAACGAUCCCAUUCCAUACAAAUAUGAACUAACUUCUACGCUAUCGAGAACGUUAAAAAACUCGCACUAAGCACACUGAAGAAGCUUGAAAUGUUUUCAGUCUGUUUGUUAACUUCACAUUAUUUAAAUUAACGACCAGUAUCGGCAAUCAAAACAUCUCGCAUACAGAAUUUGUUUUAAAAAUUCUCAGGUACCUUAAUUUACUUACUAGUGAAAUACUGUCACACUCCACUGUACUGUCGUAUUAAUUUUAAGAAAAUCAUCGAUUUGACAUAAAACCUGCUCGGGCGCCAUCUAUCGUUUUGUUAGGUAGAACUUUGAAAAAAAAAAGAACUUUGGCGCGAAAACGUCACACUUAAUAGUAGAUUAAAUUAAUUUCAUAGAUAUCACAAUGAAUUUUGGUAACCUCUAAUAGUUCCACCGAAUUUCAAUAGAUGGCAGCACGUUGAUUCGACUAAUCCAUAGCAGUUGAUACGAAAUAAGCCGGUGGCCCAAGUAAAAAACGAUUCUUUAAAAUAUUCACCUUAGAACGAAAUAAUAAAAAAGAAAAAUAGUUUCGUGAUUUGAAAUACGAACUUAAAACGUUAUUGUAUGCGAUCGUAAUAGAUUUUAAUGAUUAGAUUAAAAGGACUGGUAUUUAAUUUAAAGUAUUGCAAAAGGUAUUGCGGCCACUCUAGAUCUCCUGACUUAAUCGUUAUGUUUGCAUUUUUUUUUUGUAAAACACAUGUAAAUACUUAUCGUCUUUAGAUAUCGAAUGUGAUUGUUUUUUUUUAAUAAAAAUAUACAAGAAAAGAAA